AAUUUAUUCAGCUAUGCUGCGGCCCACAUGAAUUUCUAUAUAUAUUUAUAAUAAUGGGAGGAAGGACGCAAUGCGGAAAGCUUAAUAUGGGGGGUGGAUAGAAAUCUUUCUCGAAUCUUCACACCCCCCUUUUUUUAUUUCCCACUUCUUUUUUGUUCAUCAUUUUUUCGAAUUCAAGGUUUCUGCGCAUUGUUUUCUGACUGGAGAGAUUAUAUUGAUUGAUUCGUUUAUUCUGAGAUUUUUGGGAAAAUAUAUUCCCAAAAUUUCAGAGCCCUAGCUGCACAAAUUCUGUGUGGUGUGAUAAUUGGUUUGUCAAUUUCAUUGUCGAUGCGUUUGAGGGUUUGGUUAGAAAGAGAGAAUUUGUGAUUGAUCGAUCAUAAAUGGAGCACAAAGAGAAAGAAUUUGUGAUUGAUAUUGAAAAUGGUGAUGCUAAUGGGAGUAAGGAUUCAUCCUCUGAUUCCACAUGGGGGAAGAAGAUUUUGAAAAGGAUUGGCAGUGGGAUUUUGAAUUUAAAUGGAUCUGUUGAUGAUGAGGCCAGGGUGAAAUCGGACGUUUGUACAGAAGAAGAGCUUGAUAAAGAGACGACGAAAUUGUUGAGUGAUAAGGCUCGGGGAGGGGAGGAGGGUGAGGGGGUAGUGCCCCCUGUCGAGAGGGACAAUGAGAGGGGAGGAGAGGGGCGGGCGCCCCCUGUUGAGAAGGAGAGACGGAAAGGUGGGAAGGCUAAGAAGGCUGCAAAGCCACCUCGGCCUCCAAAGGGUCCGACCUUGGAUGCUGCAGACAUGAGGUUGCUCAAGGAGAUAUCGAGGCUUGCUAUUAAGAAGCGUGAGAGGAUGGAACGUUUGAAGGCAUUGAAGAAGAAUAAAUCGCCCAAAUUGUCAUCCCCAUCAUCUUCUUCGUCGUCAUCAUCAGUAUGUUCAUCUGCUGCAACCAUCUCAGCCAUGUUCGUCACUAUUUUCUUUUUUCUCGUGUUAAUCUUGCAAGGUCUGAACGCGAGCACUAGUUCGACUUUGAUAAUCGCAGGAGCUCCUCAACCUCAGCCACCGCCACAAAUGAGAGGCUUGUUGCCUGUUCAGUUCUAUAAAACUUUUAAAUCUAAUGGUGGUGGUGCACCGAGUUUCUUACCUCCCAAGUCUGCAUAAUUUCUGUGUGGUACGAGUCUUAGUCUCAGCUGGCUGGAACAGAACAAAGACGAAGAUGAAGAUGAAGUUGAAAAUGAGGACGAGCGAGCGUCUCCUGAGAAAAUGUAGAUUGGGUUCUUGAAAUGGUGGAGAUCAGAUUCUAACCGAGUGCACAUAUUUUCUCUCUAACUCUUUGUAAAUGAGAAAGUUGUUUGAAUCUCUUGCACUAGUUCAAAGUGUUUCUUUUGUAUCUAUAAGCAAAUGACUAAUAAAUAUAACUUCACUUA